GAAAGAGCAUCUCUUUAUUAAAAUUUCACUUCAAGCAUGGCAAAUUUCGAUAAGUUGAAACCUUAUUUGCUUAUGGUGUUCUUGCAAUUCGGGGCAGCUGGUAUGUACAUAGUUAGCAUGGUCACUCUCAACCAUGGCAUGAACCGUUAUGUGCUCAUCGUGUAUCGAAAUGCCAUUGCCACUCUUGUCCUUGCACCUUUUGCACUGGUUCUUGAAAGGAAAACAAGGCCGAAGAUGACAAUUUCAGUCUUCCUACAAAUAAUGAUGCUAGGAUUUUUGGAGCCAAUCCUGGAUCAAGGCUUCACAUUCUUGGGGAUGAAAUGGGCAUCGGCAUCAUAUGCAUCUGCCAUUAUGAAUGCAGUUCCCUCUAUCACUUUUGUCAUUGCUGUCAUUUUUCGAUUAGAGCGCAUAAACAUCAAGGAAACAUAUAGUCAAGCCAAGGUGUUGGGGACCGUAGUGACCCUUGCAGGAGCUUUGUUGAUGGCACUUUACGAAGGCCCUGUUCUUAAUAUGCCGUGGUCGCAUACAGAAAGCCACCAUGAAAGCAGCAGCAGUGGGUCUUCAGAUAAACACAUGGUCGCCGGGACUUUAUUAAUUCUUCUCGGCUGCGUCGCUUGGUCCUCUUUUUACGUACUUCAAUCGGUCACGAUUAAAAAAUACCGAGCAGAGCUCUCUCUAUCCUGCUUGAUAUGCUUCUCUGGCACCUUGCAAAGUGCAGCAAUAGCGCUCGCUGUAGAGCGUCGCGCCAGUGGAUGGGCAGUGGGCUGGGACUCCAGGAUUUUAGCUCCACUUUAUACAGGAAUUGUUAGCUCCGGAAUAACAUACUACGUGCAAGGGCUUGUUUUGAGGACAAAGGGCCCAGUAUUCGUCACAGCCUUCAACCCUUUAUGCAUGAUCAUUGUGGCUAUUCUAGGCUCCAUUAUCCUACGCGAAAAACUUCACCUUGGAAGUGUUCUUGGAGGGAUUAUAAUCGCAAUCGGCCUCUACGCUGUUGUGUGGGGUAAAAGCAAGGACUAUUCAGGUUCAGCACCGACAAAAGAGGAUGCCCAAGAACUACCAGUUACUGCAAGUGAUGGAUCUAAGUCGGUCACUGCAACAAUGAACAAUGAACAGAAAGCUGGAGCAUAGCAUAAGAUUUUCCCAUUUCACCAUUCAAAACUAAUCUAAGAUCUAUGUAUAGCCUUCCUUUAAUUAGGCUACUACUCUUCAAUUUCGUACGGGCAAAUAAUAGUGUUCCAUCUCAUGUGUGAACAGUGUUAGCCCGAAACUUCGUAAAUAUUAAUUGGAGCCGAAUUAUAAUUGAUGGAAGUGGAAGUUGUUAUAAUUAAUCAAGUCGAUCUUCACAAUCACAACAUAUCACCCUGCAGGUGAUCGUAGCAAGGUGAUCUUGUAUAUCUUAUCAAUACAUUGGGAAAAAAAU